CUCAUCAGCAGCAGAACAACACUCCAGCCCAACAGUCCCAGUCCAGACCACCAGACCGACUUCUUCCGUCCUUCGACUCAAGUACCCCACAACAAUCAUCCAAAAUGAAGUUCUUCGCCGUCGCUGCCAUUGCUCUUCCGCUCAUCAACGCGGCCAUGCUCCCAGCAAGAGCCGCUGCCAACACCGACCUCGACCUGACCCCACUCACAUGCCCUGUCAGCCUGGAGAAGCUGUCUGGCGAUCUUCCAGUGAAGGAGAUUGAUGUGCUCGAUGUCCUCACCACCCUUCUCAAUGACGGAGAGAUUGAUCUCGUCGAUCUCAAGGAGGCCGCAGACCUCGAGAAGAGAGCCAUGGUGCCCGGUCUGCACUGCGGAUACACGCGUGCUAUGAAGUGCGCUCUCAACUCCGCCGGUGUGUUGAACGCUUGCAUUUGGGCUGCUCUCAAACUUGGACGUGAUGUCCAGGAUGAUACGUCGUGUAUUGCCGCUGCUGUUGCGCUUGGAUCCAACCUGCCCGAGAACUGCAGGCUCUGCCUUGGCAUGUAAGGCUGCGUCUUGGGUGUUGGUCUUGUUACGAUGGGAUAUGCUGGACGCUCGGCUACGAGAACGUUCGAGUAUAAGGACUGGGUAUGAGGUCGGUUAUGAGGAUUGGAAGUGAUACCAUGUACGACGGGCUGGGCAUGGAAUGUCUGGGGUGAUCCUAACACUUAUUGUUUUCACUGUAUGUUUAGUAUUAGUAUCAGGCUAAGUUUACGACAGAAUUGUAGCCCAGGAAUGCAUAUUCAUUCCUUGAAGUCAUUCUUUCCGGUAGCAAAUGUCUUCAAGCUGUAACG